AUGGCUCAGAUUCUUGCCGAGAGCCUUCUUGUCCAGGGGCUUCCUUUUGUUAGUCAUGAACCAGACACCAAGUCGUGGAACAUUUCCAGUCGAGAAUACUACGACAUCACUCCUCCAAGUGAAAUUUCAGAGGCAGAAGAUGUCUUCAACGCGGUUACCGAACCCAUUGAUGCAACUGCUGAGCCCCUUGUUGCUGUCAUAGGGGUCGGUUAUGUUGGAGAGCAUCUAGUCGACGUUUUCUCAAAAAACCACGAUGUGCUUGGAUACGAUGUAUCAGAAGCUCGAACUCAACAGUUGACUCAGAAGCAACCCGUCGGCAGUCGUGCCAAGUUCACAUGCAAGCCUUCAGAUCUUGCUGAAGUCACCCACUUUCUCAUCUCAGUACCGACCCUUCUGAUCGAUCACAAAACGAUCGACUCAUCAUACCUUCGGAGUGCUCUAGGCGUGGUCAAGCUCUACGGUCGUCAAGGCGCUGUGGUCGUGGUGGAGAGUUCGGUGGCAGUGGGAAUGACGCGCGCUCUUCUUGGUCCUCUUGCAAAAGAACGUGGGUUCUUCGCGGGCAUGUCUCCUGAGCGUGUUGACCCUGGUCGUGCCGAACCGCCAGCCCACUCCAUACCCAAGGUUGUGUCUGGACUUGACGACGUGGUCCCGGGGUCGCUUGAUGCUAUCAUGAGGCUCUACUCGAAGAGUUUCGAUCAUGUUGUGCCAGUAUCGAAGCCAGAAGUCGCCGAGAUGAUGAAGCUGUAUGAGAAUUGCCAGCGUAUGGUUUGCAUCGCCUACGCCAAUGAGAUGGCGGAUGCUUGUGGUCCCCAUGACAUCGAUCCGUAUGAAGUGUGUCGCGCAGCUGCCACUAAACCAUUUGGCUACCUCCCAUUCUCACCAGGCCUUGGAGUUGGCGGCCAUUGCAUUCCCGUCAAUCCAUGGUAUUUGCUUUCCAACAGCAAAUUCCCUCUUCUGCGAGCAGCGUCUGAGAAGAUGCGCGAUCGUCCUUCCGAAAUCGCACAACGCGCUGUGACGCGUCUCUACAGUGUUGACAGGAACGGCCUGCGACCACGCGUCCUUGUGGUUGGCGUUGGCUUCAAGCGCGGGCAGUCGCAUCUUGCCAACUCCCCUGGUCUCGAAUUGGCGAGGCGUUUGGUCGAAACGAGCAAGGUCGAUGUCGCUUGGGCAGAUCCUCUCGUGUCGCAAAAUGCUGUUCCUCAGAUUCAGAGACUCAAUGAAGCUAAUUGGACUGUCAGGGCUCUUGAAAGAGACUUUGAAAUGAUUAUUGUCGCUUUUCGUCAGGAGGGUCUUGACUUUGACGUAUUGGAACGUCUCCAGGGCGUUGUCGUGGAGCGUUGGUGUCCUUAA